AUCCUCUUGGGGACAAAUCCUACCAGCUGGGGCUCAGGUCACACUUGAGCCUGGAACACCAAGUCCCUGGCUCCUCGCGGCUGGGGGUGGAGAGGACGAGCGGUGCCCCUUCCUGAGGUGGGCACACCCUGCAUCCUCUGCUCCCAGGCCAUCCUGGCCCAGCCCUGCUGGGAGCCUCUCUGUUCUCCUCUGUGUGAUGGGCGGACAAAGGCUCCCAGUCCAGUUCCUUCCCCUACAGGGUGGCUCCUAAGGGGAGCUCAGUUCUCGGUGGUCCCGCCCUGCCCUUCCCCUCAGGGCAGAGCCUCCCUCCUGGCUCAGCCCUGCAGGUCCCUGCACUGGGACCGGCCAUGCCCUGCACUGGCGGCCGCGGGAGAGUCAGGGCUGGGCACCCGGGGCCUGUCCUGUGGGGGCUCCGUGUCCUGUGCCUGGACCCUCUUCAGGUGGGAGCACCUGUCCUCUCACCUGCGCUCUCGCCUCCUGCCUGGCUGUGCCGUUCUGCCCAGAGUGACCCCACCUCCGGGGACCUCACUGGCCCAGGUCAGUCCAGGGAGGGCCUUUGUCAGAACAGAGAAAUCAAAACCUAACUUGCCCCUGAGGGCACAGGAUGAGACAUUUGGGCAGAAAAGUUCCCUCUCCUAUGACGCCAUGUGGGUGGCAUGAGUGUCCUGAGUUUAGGGAAGGGGUGGGGUGAAGCUGUGCCAGCUCAGCAGCUUCCAGCUGCCUCAAUGGCAUAUAAGGCACCUCAGUCCUUGAAAGCAGCACAGGCGGCGGAUGGUCCGUGACCAGCAGAGACGGUGAAGGAGCUGAGGCAUGGAGGACAACCGAGCACCAACUGGCAGGUACCACCCGCCCCUGGAGCAGCCCUGCUUCUGGGCCCCUCCUCCUGGCUCCCUGAGGGACGUGCCUUCUCCCCAGGGGACCCCCUGCUUCUCCUGUCCCUCCUGAUUGCCCUUCUAUGUCCAGGACCCCUCAGCUGAUACCAUGUUGGCCUGUCCUACCCACCUCCCAUGGCCCCAGGCUAAAAUCUGGGGGUCACCCUUGAGGGUCCCUGUUUCUCCGCUCCCUUCUUCUCCCAUGAAAUCAAUUAUUUCUGCUCUGCACUGAGGCCCUAGAAAUUGACAUUCAGAUUUAUGUUUUGGUUUUUGUAAAGGACAUGAUUGUUUCAUGAUGAGAAGGGAAAUGUGAUGAGUUAUUUGAGAAGACUAGUUUGGCAUCUCUUUUCCCCGAUGGGGCCACCCUUUCCCCUGAUGCACCACGUGACUCAGGUUAACCUAGAAGAGCAGAGGAAAGAGUGCCACUGGGCCUGCACCUGGCAGGGCUCCAUCAGCAGGAUGAGGGCAGGACGGUGAUGCCAGGAGAGGCCACGUCAGAGCUCUGAGCCCCUGCACUGCUCCCGGGGAAACCCUAAAAAAAGGACUGGGCUGACUCCCCCAGGAUCCCCUGAGGGUGAGAGAGGGAUGUUUGGUGGCUCCAGCUAAAACUCUGAUGGAUGCAACCACCUUCAGAGUCAACUUCAGUUACUACAGCGUGAGAAAAACAUACCUGUGCUACGAGUUGGAGGUCAAGGAAAGCGAUGACUGGGUCCGAGUGGAGGAGCUCCAGGGCUUCCUGCGCAACGAGGGUGGUGACACACACUGCGAACGCAGUCAUGCAGAGUUGUGCUUCCUGGAUCGGGUCCGUUCUUGGCACCUGGAUGAGGGGAAGCAGUACAGACUUACCUGCUACAUCUCCUGGAGCCCCUGCCCUAACUGUGCCCAGAAACUGGUGGACUUCCUGGGCCAGAACAGCCACGUGAGGAUGUGCAUCUCAGCUGCUCGCAUCUACACCAAAGUCAGUGGAUAUGAGGAUGGGCUGCGCAGGCUGCGGGACGCUGUGGACCGUCUCGCCAUCAUGACAGUUGAAGAGCUCCAGCACUGCUGGGACACCUUCGUGGACAACCAGGGCCAGCCCUUCGAGCUCUGGCCUAACCAGGAAGAGCACAUACAAACCGAAUCUCAGGAGCUGAAGGACAUUCUCAGGAAUCAGGGAAACUGAAGGAUGGACUCAAUCUCUCUAAACAGGUCGGGGGUCAUCUAGUGAACGAGGAAUAAAACACUUUCUUCAAGAAACGAAACACAUCACGUGCCACCAUCCCCAACUUGUUCCAAAGAAUCCAGUAAAAAGCAACGAAUGAGCUCAUAAGGAAUUUUUUAAAAAAUCUGACUGAUUUACUUUUCAUUUAAAAUCUAUGAUAUGUUCUAAAUACACACCAGUAAUAUUGUAUUCAUUACUAUCAGAGUCAUUUUUAUAUUUAGAAAAUUAAUUAUUUACAUUGAUUAUAAGUCCAAAGCAAUAACAUGAAAGAUUAAGAAUCUUCCACAAAUGUGUUUGCCUCUGUAAGUGUUUCAUGAAGUCCAAAUAGUUCAAUAAACACCUGAAAAAGUGAAAAUGCCUUUCUCUUCUGUAGGUACCUCAUGGGAGGGCGGUGGCCACACUAAUUGCCACUGGCCACGUAAAGUCAGUAAUAUUUAUAGGAGCGGAAGCUCAAACCCAAAAGCCUAAACGCAUCGACCAAGGAUGUGCGGAGAGUAGUGCUGUGUUGAAACGACAGCCCAUGCGAUAGGAGAGGAGAGAGGCUCAGGGUCACUAUUGGGAAGAGCAGUUGAAGUUGACAUUGGCUGAGGGGAGGGCCGGGGAUCACUGAGUCCUCAGGCCUUUCCAAUUCCAGUCCCUGGAGAGGACGCUGGAGGGAGGGGCUUCCCUGCAGACAGGAUCCCUCUGCCCUUCCCAGGACCUGGCCACGCAGGAUGCAGUGCAGGCAGCGGCUGUCUGUCCUGCCGUGUCUCUGUGGAGCCUGAAUCAUGCUGAGCGAGCCCUGGCAGCUGGCAUCCUGCACACAGCCUUACAGGCAACGAAGGCUCCAGGUCUCUCACCACAGGCUUCUGCUCACAUGUCCGGACCCCCCUGUCACAGCCUCACACAGGACUGUGAGGGACUGGGACUGAGUCCUUUAGUGAGAGACAUUGGAGGGAUGGAGAAUAAGGACAGUCAUAGGCCUGUGGCCAAAGCAGUAGGAGGGGACUGAGUCAGGAGGACACAGAGCCAGAGGGAGACUUGAUAGACAACGUGACCUGAGGAGA